AAAGACGCUGAUGCUGCAACAUGAAUCGUGGUUGGUUGGAGACUUGGAGUGUUGAUCUUCGCUUUGUUACAUACAUUUAGUGAUAAUUUUGGAGAGAGUGGGAAGAGUUGAGUAGAAGGAUGGCGACAUGCUUCCUCCCGUGUCCGUUACCGGUGAAUCUGAAAGGGAGCAACAAUGGCAUGAUCAUCCCAAGAUUCAGAAUCAGAUGCAGCCUCUCCGUCAAUAAGAAAACGGAGCCGGAACCGGUGUGCCAGUUGGUGAAAGCGUUUGCUCCGGCGACGGUGGCGAAUCUGGGUCCGGGGUUUGACUUCCUAGGGUGCGCGGUGGAUGGACUUGGGGACAUUGUAUCAGUGAGGGUGGACCCACAGGUACACCCCGGCGAGAUAUGCAUAUCGGAUAUUAGCGGCCAAAACCCUAACAAGCUCAGCAAAAACCCUCUCUGGAACUGCGCUGGAAUCGCCGCCAUCGAAGCGAUGAAAAUGCUUGGCAUUCGAUCCCGUGGUCUCUCGCUAUCCCUUGAGAAGGGUUUGCCUUUAGGAAGUGGGUUGGGAUCCAGUGCGGCAAGCGCAGCUGCAGCCGCUGUUGCAGUCAACGAGAUAUUUGGGAACAAGUUGAGCGUUGAGGAACUGGUCCUCGCUUCCUUAAAAUCCGAAGAGAAGGUUUCAGGGUAUCAUGCGGACAACGUGGCUCCCUCUAUCAUGGGGGGUUUUGUGCUCAUUCGUAGUUACGAGCCAUUGGAGUUGAUUCAGUUGAAGUUCCCCGCAGAGAAGGAAUUGUUUUUCGUGCUGGUGACUCCUGAUUUCGAAGCCCCAACGAAGAAAAUGCGAGCAGCACUACCUGGUGAGAUUGGUAUGCCGCAUCACGUGUGGAAUUGCAGCCAAGCUGGUGCACUGGUGGCAUCGGUGUUACAGGGUGACUUGGUUGGGUUGGGGAAGGCUCUGUCUUCCGAUAAGAUCGUUGAGCCACGGCGUGCUCCUUUGAUUCCUGGCAUGGAGGCUGUGAAGAGAGCUGCCAUUCAAGCUGGGGCUUUUGGGUGUACCAUCAGUGGUGCUGGCCCUACUGCUGUUGCUGUCACGGAUAAUGAACUCACUGGAAACAUCAUUGGCCAACAUAUGGUUCGCGCUUUUCUUGAGGAUGGUAAUUUGAAGGCUUCUGCAAAAGUCAGUCAGCUUGAUCGGGUUGGUGCUAGACGCAUUGAGAAUUGAACCUUCUGACUUGUAGAUUUCCGAAGUGGAUUUCCUUUCCCUGUGGCACUUUUGAGUACUGGCCUGUCACGUGUAUUUGAUCAAAGAAGCAGCAUUCUAGUGUUGAGGUCUGAAUAGAGAGACAUUAAAACCAAGCUUGGGAGCUGCAUAUGGGAGAUGAAAAUUUAAAUAGAUGAAUAAUUAUGAAAGACCUAGAUUAGGUCAGGGUUAUGGUGAACUCUAAGUAAUGUUUUAGGCAAUUUCUUUGCUUUUGUUUUUCAUCUUCCUACUUGAGAAAGCUCAAUAAGUAAGUCCUUUGUAGCCUUAUUUGAUUGUGUUAAUCUUGCUUUUGAUUAGUGUGUAAAAUGUUUUUCAUUAGUUGUUCUUUGAUGUUUCUAGUUAUCAUUUGAAUGCCAAUGUUUUUUCUUCUUUCUUGGUAAAACCCAAGAAAUUGUGCAGAGGCGUUCGUCGAGAGUUUUAGGAUAUGUAUGGUUGCUUACUAAACCAUUGUUUCAUCAUCG